CGUGCGUUUAAGCGCCAGUGCACGGAGGAUGGCACCUGGCUGGAAGGGGCAUGUGAACCGGUGACUUGUGAUCCUCCCCCUGCCGUCUUUCAUGGCUCCUACUACUGCACUGAUGGCUUCCGCUUUGACAGUGUCUGCCGACUCAAUUGCUCCAAUCCUGCUAGUAAAACCGCUCCCGCGGCCACAGGAGGCUCUGCCCAUACGGUGAGGCUGCUGAACGCUCCAUGCAAGCAGGGUUCAGGGUCUAAUGCAAUCCGCUGUAGGAAGGAUGGAAAUUGGACAGGGUCAUUCCGCCUAUGCUCAUACAGCAAAGGCCAGUGUUCUUUACCUCAGAACCUCCAUCAUGGCCUACAUUACUCAUGCAAGCGAGGACACAGCAUAGGUGAAGAGUGUGAGCUGACAUGCCGAGAGGUUGGCGGCGAAGUGGUGAUUCUCCCUAGCAACAUGACAGCAGAGAACAUAGUCAAGGAGCAUUGGAGAAACCCACAUAAAGUCAAGAGUAUAGUCUGUACAAUGGGACUGAAAUGGUAUCCACCCCCAGAACAGCUCCACUGCAUCAAAGGAUGUGAGCCAUUCAUUGGAGACAACUACUGUGAUUCAGUCAACAAUAGAGCCUUCUGUAACUAUGAUGGAGGAGAUUGCUGCCAAUCUACUGUCAAGACCAAG